AAAACCAGACCCGCAUGAUGUGAAAUGAUGACUUAGCACAGCUUGUUACAGGUGGCUGGAGACAGCUGGGUGAGUCAGGGAGCCGGCGGGGCGCAGCAUCACAGAUCGCUAAUAGAGCCGAUGUGCUCCGGAUUAGACCCCCCAACCUGUGAGUCUCGAUGUCCGGAACCCGCGCGUCACCUGACGGGAUGUGAGGCUGUGAAGCAACAAGAGGGAUCGGUGAUAAAACGAGUCCGAGUCACGGAAGUGGAAGAAGGCGUCCAAUGAAGGACAGCGCAAGGGAGAGAGAAGAGGUAAAGGAGCGGAAAGUUGUUUAGUUCACCGGGGAAGCCGAGCCGCAGCUGAUGUGCGCAAUUCUGUAAAACAAACUUUUGGAAAAGAAAUUAUCGAGCAAAAGGGGAGAGUAAUCAUGGAGUCAGAGGGGAUCACAGAGGAAGGAGCUACUAAUGUGGCACAAUCUGCAGCUUCCAAACUCGCCCAGAUGGGCGAAAGAACUAAACAGCUGGGGAGCGCUAUUCAAAACCCAGAACGGCAAAAGCGCAUCAUUCUCGUAAUAGUUUGUGUUGCACUUUUAUUAGAUAACAUGCUUUAUAUGGUGAUUGUACCAAUUAUACCCGAUUAUCUGGAGGGGUUGCAGAGAGAAGCGGAUCUGGAGCAGUCAGCUGCUGAGCAACACACCAACUCUACGAACAGCACCAUCCACAGAGCGCCCAAAGGGAACUUCGACCUGCAGAUAGGCGUCCUGUUCGCCUCAAAGGCCAUCCUGCAGCUGCUGGUGAACCCGCUGAGCGGUACCUUCAUAGACAGGGUUGGCUAUGACAUCCCUCUGUUCAUUGGGCUCAAUAUCAUGUUCCUCUCCACCCUCACUUUCGCCUUCGCCCAGAACUAUGCGACCCUGUUCUUGGCGCGCAGCAUCCAGGGCCUCGGCUCAGCAUUCGCGGACACCUCAGGGAUCGCUCUCAUCGCGGACAAAUAUACAGAGGAGUCUGAGCGGAGCAAAGCUCUGGGCAUCGCCUUGGCUUUCAUCUCUUUCGGGAGUUUGGUGGCACCGCCAUUUGGAGGAGUCCUGUAUGAUUUAGCUGGGAAGCAAGCGCCUUUUCUGAUCCUGGCCUGCAUCUGUCUCAUUGAUGGGGUGCUGUGUCUGACUGUACUCAAACCCUUCUCCAACAGGGAGAGGGAAAACAUGCCCGUUGGCACCCCGAUCUACAAACUGAUGAUUGAUCCAUACAUAGCUGUUGUGGCUGGAGCGCUGAUCGUCUGCAACAUCCCCUUGGCGUUCCUGGAGCCCACCAUAGCGAACUGGAUGGAUGAAACGAUGCAUGCCACAGAGUGGGAGAUCGGCAUGACCUGGUUCCCUGCGUUCUUCCCUCAUGUGUUAGGGGUGUAUCUCACUGUGAAACUAGCAGCCAAGUAUCCCCAGCUGCAGUGGUUCUAUGGGGCCAUAGGCAUGGUGUUCAUAGGGGCCAGCUCCUGCACAGUACCAGCCUGCAAGAACUUCUGGCAGCUAAUGAUCCCGCUGUGCGGCAUUUGCUUCGGCAUUGCCUUCGUUGACACGGCGCUCCUUCCCACGCUGGCCUUCCUCGUCGAUGUGCGGCACGUGUCUGUGUAUGGCAGCGUGUACGCCAUCGCGGACAUCUCUUACUGCGUGGCCUAUGCCCUGGGGCCCAUCGUGGCGGGGCAGAUCGUGCAUAACCUGGGCUUUGUUCAACUUAAUCUGGGCAUGGGGCUCGCUAACGUACUUUACGCGCCGGCACUGCUGCUGCUGAAGAACGUGACGCAAAUGAAACCUUCUUUCUCAGAGCGCAACAUGCUCCUAGAGGACGGUCCCACGGGCCUGUAUGAUACGAUUAAGAUGGAACAAAGGGAGAAGAAGAGAAAAGGUCUGUGCACAACAAUUGAUGAGAACGGCAUCGAGACGUUUGUGCAGCGCUCUCAGUCGGAGGAGGAAUCCUCAGGAGGAGAGUACGCGUAAAAGAGUCAUUGAAACUGGAUGCGAUUUAAAAAGAAGUGCCACUGAUGACAUGUGUGUAUUUAUGAUUGUGAAAUUAUAUCACUCUGUGACAAUUUCUCUGUUUUUGUUUGUUUUUUUUUUUUUUCAAAUCAAGUGUUUCUCAAGUCUUUGUUUCAAACUAGGAAAAUUGUGGAAAAUUUGCUGAGAGAAAUGUCAAUUUAUCUAUUUAUCAAUGUAAAAUAAUUUGAUUCUUCAGGGAAUAUUGUGCAAAUGUGUUUUAAGAAAAUAUAAUGUAUGCGUCGUUUAAUGCCAUCUGUUAUGUUGCUUAUAAAUUAAAUAUGCAAACUUGUGCAGCUGCAGAACCGAAAACGGGAAUUAUGUGGAAUCUCAAUCUUAUUUACAGUCCAAUUUAAAUGAAAAUGUGCUUCUGGAACGCAAAGCCUGAAAAUUGUAUUCGACUGUACA